GCUUGCCGCCGGAGCCCGCCAGUUUCUUGCCAGAGCCUCGCGAACGAUGGAGCUUGGUUUAGUCGCACCGUGAGCUCGCAGGUUGGGCAAGGUCCGUCACUUGCCGUGGACGGAGUUGCGGUGCAGGAGCUGACGGAUGUCGUGUUUACCACCGGCGAGUGUCGAUGCAGCGAGGGGGCUCAAGGCAGUGCCCCCUAGUUCGUUCCUUUGAGGCAUGUCGUAAUGGCAAGGGAGGAGUCUCGUGGCAAGAGGCCUUUAAAAAUCUGGGACAGUUGGCGCAAUGUCCGUAAAGGUCUCGUAGUGGGCAGCUUCGAGGAGCUGAUAGUUAGAGGGAAAGAUAAAUUAGGAGUGCCAGCCUCCGAACCCGUGCGACUGGUGCUGGAAUGCGACGGCACGCAGGUCGAGGAUGGCGAAUACUUCAGAACGUUAGCGAACAAUACGGUGCUACUCCUGCUGCGGCAAGGUGAACGCUGGUACCCUACGGGCGUCGAUGUAAUUAAGGCUGCAAUAUCAGCAAUACCAAAGAUUGUUUGCGAGACUAUACAUGCGUUGGAGCUGCAGGAUGAAACACCCUCUUGGAAGAUUAUGGAUAACAAGGGUCGAGUCACUGUUGUGUUGCACUGGGAUCAACGGCAAGGCGGCGGGCAAGGCGGUGGCGGUGGUAGCGGUGGAGGUGGAAUCAGCCAAAGCUCGGGUGGUCCGGGCGUGGGCCUAAGCAACGGACCCACGUCGGACAAGUUUUCGCCCUCGAAAAAGAUCCUGUCGACGCAGAACUCGAUCGACAAGUCGUCGGUGGUGGGUCAACAACAGCAGCAGCGUUUCCCGAGCCCACAAAUCACGGUCAUCAACCAUGACGAUCCGCAGUCCCAGAUCUACCACUCGGCCCGGCGGCUCUCCAAGCAGGGUGGGUCCUUCGACAGUGCCGUUGGGGCGGUGCACGUGCAUACGCCGGAGUGUGCGCAUCACGCGCAUAUGCCCACGCGUGCCGGCAGCCCUGGCGCGACCGAGUGCGAUUUUCACUGCUGCGCGUUGCACGAGGAAGGCCGCAAGAUCGCGGUGCACAAGAACGUGGCCACCUCGCCGAUACAGGAUGGGUCCGCGAGCCCGCAGCCACCGCCGAGCAGCAUGUCCGACAGCCGGCGCACGUCCACGACCAAGGGCCACGUGCGGUUCCUCGACAUUGGGCCCGAGCGGGACAGCUCCGAGAGCGAGACGGAGAACACCGUCAUGGAGGAUGAAACCGUGACGUCCGAGAAAUUUCUGCUGCUGAUCGACCAGCUGUCCGUCGACCAGAAGCGCCACCUCAGCAUCAAGGACAUCGGCAUCAUCCUCGAGCGGCUGAGCUCGAAGAUCCUCGACGUGGAGCGGCUGGAUCGCGAGAGCGAGUCGGACGAUUGCUACAACUGGACGAUCAAGGCGACGAUACGCGGCGACGCGUUGCGCGAGCUAGGUGUUAUUUAUAAUGGAAACUAUUACGCAAUAUCAGAGCAUCCCGGCUACAAGGAGGAGAACGAGGAGAACGGCGAGGACGCGGAGGAGGAGGACGAGGAUAGGUUAUAAGGUCGUGCAGGGCCGAAGGGUGCAAUAAGUUAGGAUUAUCUCUACAUGCCACCGAACGUUGGUCAGAUCGGGGGUGCGUUUUGUGGUGCAGUUAGCUUCCGUGCCGGAAUGGGGCGUUCGAGUCCUGGUGAUGUAGCUGCAGACCGGAAUCAGACUGGGAACAGACUUUGUUCAGUGCGAGCAAACUUCUUUUGGGAGUUAGGCUGUUGUUUGGAUCGUUCGCGUAAAAACGAACAACUCGAAAGCACGCCCUUACUAGGAGCCCAGUGUGACUGUUCUUGUCUUGUCUUGUCGAACUGGAACGCCUCCGAUGCCAUGUUUGCAUGUCCUCAAGAGCACACGGCCGCCAUUUUGUAGGGCGCACGUUGCCUGUGAAGCUGGUGAUCGUUUCUCGAUCGUAAGGGGCAAACAUGCACUACACCCACACAGGCUUCCGAUAGCCGGAAGCCGUCGGAAUUCAGGUUAGCAAAAUGCGAACGUCACGCGGCAGCAACGACGUGGCCCUGUUAUCCACCAAGUGCAGUUCGGGGAGACGUGUGAAGGAGCACCCAGCAGGUGAAAGUAAGAAAACACAAACUUCAUUUCCGUAGUUCAAAGAAUUAUUAUUACUAGAGAGCGGAGGAGCACGCGGCACGAAACAAAGCGAGGCUAGCGCCAGAGUGAGAACUCGUUAAGAUAAAUUUAACAAACAAACAAAACGAAUAAAAUAAAAAAAAUGAUAAAGCAACUAAAGCAAAUCUGACGCACUGCGCGGCAUAUUUAAGCGCCCCCGGUGCGAAGGCGCAAUUUGACGGUUGGAAAAUGAACCCAAGCAGAGCAGAACGCAGGCAAGCGCGAGCGAGCGCGGGAGUGGGACACGUUUUUAAACAAGCUGCCAUUUGCGACGGUAACCUAAAACGAAACAUUUGUGAAUCGAAUCAAACGUACAAGGGUGCGCCAGCCGCCAGUUUUUUGCUACCGCAAACUAACCCGUUUGAUACAGUAACAGCAGUAGCAGCAGCGCUGGAAACGGAGUAAGCUCUCCCGUACCGGUCCGGAAUACCGAAAACCGCCUCAGGUAGCAGGCAGCAUACGAAAACGGGCGUACAGCAGCACAUUGUAAUCAGACAGCACGCGAAAAGUACAUUCGCUGCGGCGCAGGGGUAGAAUAUAAAAUAUAAACGAAGCAAUUAAAUAAAAAAAAGUCAAACUUUAAAACUGGCACCGUAAAAGAUGAAAAAAAAACCAACAAAAUAUCGUAAAUGGACGUGUCGCGGUCGGAUUAGCUUAUAAAUAAACGGUAUAAAUCA